GCAGGCGGCCGCCAUCUUCUCGCCGAGGCCGCCUCGCCCGCCGCGCGCGCUUGUCCGGCAGUGCACGGGUUAAGGCUGGCACCGCGCCCGGCGGGAGGGGGGCGCCCACCUCCCCUCCCCCCCGCACCGGGCAUGCGGGGCCCGCUGGGCACCGAGGAGGAGCUGCCGCGGCUGUUCGCGGACGAGAUGGAGAACGAGGACGAGAUGUCAGAAGAAGAAGAUGGUGGCCUUGAAGGCUUCGAUGACUUUUUCCCUGAGGAGCCCAUGAGCCUCCCCAAGAAGAAGAAAGCUAAGAAACUGAAGGAGAAUCGGUCAAAAGGGAAGAGGAAGAAGAAAGAGGGGAGCAAUGAUGAGCUGUCAGAAAAUGAGGAGGAUCUGGAAGAGAAGUCGGACAGUGAGGGCAGUGACUACUCCCCCAAUAAGAAGAAGAAGAAGAAACUCAAGGAGAAGAAGGAGAAAAAGGCCAAGCGCAAAAAGAAGGAUGAGGAGGAAGAUGACAAUGACGAUGGGUACCUGAAGGAGCCCAAGUCCUCAGGGCAGCUCAUGGCCGAGUGGGGCCUGGAUGACGUGGACUACUUGUUCUCUGAGGGCGACUACCACACACUGACCAACUACAAGGCCUUCAGCCAGUUCCUCAGGCCACUCAUCGCCAAGAAGAACCCGAAGAUUCCCAUGUCCAAAAUGAUGACCGUUCUGGGUGCCAAGUGGCGGGAGUUCAGUGCCAACAACCCCUUCAAGGGCAGCUCAGCUGCAGCAGCUGCAGCAGCAGUGGCCGCAGCAGUGGAGACGGUCACCAUCGCACCUCCACUGGCUGUCAGCCCCCAGCAGCCCCCCCAGCCUGUGCCCAUCCGCAAGGCCAAGACCAAGGAGGGCAAGGGUCCUGGAGUAAGGAAGAAGAUCAAAGGCUCCAAGGAUGCCAAGAAAAAGGGCAAGGGGAAGAAGGUGGCUGGACUCAAAUUCCGCUUUGGAGGGAUCAGUAACAAGAGGAAGAAGGGCUCCUCGAGUGAGGAAGAUGAUCGGGAGGAGUCGGACUUUGACAGCGCCAGCAUCCACAGUACCUCAGUGCGCUCUGAGUGUUCUGCAGCCCUGGGAAAGAAGAGCAAGAGGAGGCGCAAGAAGAAGAGGAUUGAUGAUGGUGAUGGCUAUGAGACGGACCACCAGGAUUACUGUGAGGUGUGCCAGCAGGGCGGGGAGAUCAUCUUGUGUGACACCUGUCCACGGGCCUACCACCUCGUUUGUCUCGACCCUGAGCUGGAGAAGGCCCCAGAGGGCAAGUGGAGCUGCCCCCACUGUGAGAAAGAGGGAAUCCAGUGGGAGCCGAAGGAUGACGAUGACGAGGAGGAGGAGGGAGGCUGUGAGGAAGAGGAGGACGACCACAUGGAGUUCUGUCGCGUGUGCAAGGACGGAGGCGAGUUGCUCUGCUGCGACGCCUGCCCCUCCUCCUACCACCUGCACUGCCUCAACCCGCCUCUGCCAGAGAUUCCAAAUGGUGAAUGGCUCUGCCCGCGCUGUACUUGUCCCCCACUUAAGGGCAAAGUGCAGCGGAUCCUACACUGGAGGUGGACAGAGCCCCCGGCCCCCUUCGUGGUAGGGCUGCCAGGGCCUGAUGUGGAGCCUAGCAUCACCCCUCCCAAGGCCCUGGAGGGCAUCCCGGAGAGGGAGUUCUUUGUCAAGUGGGCUGGGCUCUCCUACUGGCACUGCUCCUGGGUGAAGGAGUUGCAGCUGGAGCUAUACCACACAGUGAUGUACCGAAACUACCAAAGAAAGAACGACAUGGACGAGCCACCGCCCUUUGACUAUGGCUCUGGUGAUGAAGAUGGCAAGAGCGAGAAGAGGAAGAACAAGGAUCCUCUGUACGCGAAGAUGGAAGAGCGCUUCUACCGCUAUGGCAUCAAGCCUGAGUGGAUGAUGAUCCAUCGCAUCUUGAACCACAGCUUUGACAAAAAGGGAGAUGUCCACUACCUGAUCAAGUGGAAAGACUUGCCCUAUGACCAGUGCACCUGGGAGAUUGAUGACAUCGACAUCCCUUACUACGAUAACCUGAAACAGGCCUAUUGGGGCCACAGAGAGCUGAUGCUAGGAGAGGAUGCCCGGCUACCCAAGAGGCUGAUCAAGAAGGGCAAGAAACUAAAGGAUGAGAAGCAAGAGAAGCCACCAGAUACACCGAUUGUGGAUCCCACAGUCAAGUUUGACAAGCAGCCAUGGUACAUCGACUCCACGGGUGGAACCCUGCACCCCUAUCAGCUGGAGGGCCUCAACUGGCUGCGCUUUUCCUGGGCCCAGGGCACCGAUACCAUCCUGGCCGACGAGAUGGGUCUGGGCAAGACAGUGCAGACCAUCGUCUUUCUGUACUCUCUGUACAAGGAGGGGCACUCCAAAGGGCCCUAUCUGGUCAGUGCUCCCCUGUCCACCAUCAUCAACUGGGAGCGUGAGUUUGAGAUGUGGGCGCCUGACUUCUAUGUGGUCACUUACACUGGAGACAAGGAGAGCCGUUCGGUGAUCCGGGAGAAUGAGUUUUCCUUUGAGGACAAUGCCAUUCGUAGUGGGAAGAAGGUAUUCCGUAUGAAGAAAGAGGUUCAGAUCAAAUUCCACGUCCUGCUCACCUCCUACGAGCUCAUCACUAUCGACCAAGCCAUCCUGGGCUCCAUUGAGUGGGCCUGCCUGGUGGUGGACGAGGCCCACCGGCUCAAGAAUAACCAGUCCAAGUUCUUCAGGGUCUUAAACAGCUACAAGAUUGACUACAAGCUGCUACUGACGGGGACCCCCCUGCAGAACAACCUGGAGGAGCUCUUCCAUCUCCUCAACUUUCUGACCCCUGAGAGGUUCAACAACCUGGAGGGCUUCCUGGAGGAGUUUGCCGACAUCUCCAAGGAAGACCAGAUCAAAAAACUGCAUGACCUGCUGGGACCGCACAUGCUGAGGCGGCUCAAGGCAGAUGUAUUCAAGAAUAUGCCAGCCAAGACUGAGCUGAUUGUCCGAGUGGAGUUGAGUCAGAUGCAGAAGAAGUAUUACAAGUUCAUCCUCACACGCAACUUUGAGGCGCUGAACUCCAAGGGGGGUGGCAACCAGGUGUCACUUCUCAACAUCAUGAUGGACUUGAAGAAAUGUUGCAACCACCCCUACCUCUUCCCCGUGGCUGCUGUGGAGGCGCCUGUGCUACCCAAUGGCUCCUAUGAUGGCAGCUCCCUGGUCAGGUCUUCAGGGAAGCUCAUGUUGCUGCAGAAGAUGCUCAAGAAGCUUCGGGAUGAAGGGCACCGAGUGCUCAUCUUCUCCCAGAUGACCAAGAUGCUGGAUCUCCUGGAGGAUUUCCUGGAAUAUGAGGGCUACAAGUAUGAGCGAAUUGAUGGUGGCAUCACUGGGGGCCUUCGACAAGAGGCCAUCGACAGAUUCAACGCCCCUGGCGCCCAGCAGUUCUGCUUCCUCCUAUCUACUCGGGCAGGCGGCCUGGGCAUCAACCUGGCCACAGCUGAUACUGUCAUCAUCUAUGACUCGGACUGGAACCCACAUAAUGACAUCCAGGCCUUCAGCCGCGCCCACCGCAUUGGGCAGAACAAGAAGGUGAUGAUCUACCGCUUUGUGACGCGGGCCUCAGUGGAGGAGCGCAUCACACAGGUGGCCAAGCGCAAGAUGAUGCUCACUCACCUGGUGGUGCGGCCCGGCCUGGGUUCCAAGUCAGGCUCCAUGACCAAGCAGGAACUGGAUGACAUCCUCAAGUUUGGAACGGAGGAGCUCUUCAAGGAUGACGUGGAGGGCAUGAUAUCUCAAGGCCAGAGGCCUGUCACACCCAUUCUUGAUGUCCAGUCCUCCAAAGGGGGAGCCCUGGCCACCAGCACCAAGAAAAAGCAUGGCAGCACCCCGCCAGGUGACAACAAGGAUGUGGAGGACAGCAGUGUGAUCCACUAUGACGAUGCAGCCAUCUCCAAGCUGCUGGACCGGAAUCAGGAUGCCACGGAUGACACAGAGCUGCAGAACAUGAAUGAGUACCUGAGCUCCUUCAAGGUGGCGCAGUAUGUGGUGCGCGAAGAAGAUGGCGUGGAGGAGGUAGAGCGGGAGAUUAUCAAGCAGGAGGAGAACGUGGACCCUGACUACUGGGAGAAGCUGCUGCGGCACCACUACGAGCAGCAGCAGGAGGAUCUGGCCCGAAAUCUGGGCAAGGGCAAGCGCAUCCGCAAGCAGGUCAACUACAACGAUGCCUCCCAGGAGGACCAGGAGUGGCAAGACGAGCUGUCGGACAACCAGUCUGAAUAUUCCAUCGGCUCUGAGGAUGAGGACGAGGACUUUGAGGAAAGGCCGGAAGGGCAGAGUGGACGGCGGCAGUCCAGGAGGCAGCUGAAGAGUGACAGGGACAAGCCCCUUCCACCUCUUCUCGCUCGUGUUGGUGGCAACAUCGAGGUGCUGGGCUUCAAUGCUCGCCAGCGGAAGGCUUUCCUGAAUGCCAUCAUGCGCUGGGGCAUGCCCCCCCAGGAUGCCUUCAACUCCCACUGGCUGGUUCGGGACCUUCGUGGGAAGAGUGAGAAAGAAUUUAGAGCCUAUGUGUCCCUCUUCAUGCGGCACCUGUGUGAGCCGGGGGCUGAUGGCGCAGAGACCUUCGCAGACGGCGUGCCCCGUGAGGGCCUCUCCAGGCAGCAUGUGCUUACGCGCAUCGGAGUCAUGUCACUAGUUAGGAAGAAGGUUCAAGAAUUUGAGCAUGUCAACGGGAAGUACAGCACUCCGGACUUGAUACCUGAGGGACCCGAGGGCAAGAAGCCAGGGGAGGUCAUCUCCUCUGAUCCUAACACACCAGUUCCUGCCAGCCCUGCCAACCUCCCACCCGCCCCUCUUGGCCUGCCAGACAAGAUGGAAGCCCAGCUGGCCUACAUGGAUGAGAAGGAGCCAGGACUGCCAAAGCCAAAGAAGCCUCCAGAAAUUCAGGUUCUGCCAGCUGUCCUGGACAGAGUAGAGGGUGAAGACAAGCACGAGAGCUCAGACUGUAAGGAAAGAGCCCGAGAGGAGCUCCUGGAGGAGACAGAGAAGGCCCCACCCUCCCCAGAGCAGCUGCCAAAAGAAGAAGUGAUUCCAGAGAAGGAGAAAGUUCUGGACAAGAUGGAUCUCAGCUUGGUGCACAGCAGAGGGGAUGGCAGCGACUUCAGACCAGAUGACACCAAAGCUGAGGAGAAGGAGCCCAUGGAAACACAGCAAAAUGGUGACAGAGAGGAAGAUGAGGAGGGGAAGAAGGAGGACAAGAAUGGGAAAUUCAAAUUCAUGUUCAACAUUGCAGAUGGGGGCUUCACAGAGCUGCACACACUGUGGCAGAAUGAGGAACGUGCUGCAGUGUCCUCUGGAAAAAUCUAUGACAUCUGGCACCGACGCCAUGACUACUGGCUGCUGGCAGGCAUUGUGACGCACGGCUAUGCCCGCUGGCAGGACAUCCAGAACGACCCAAGAUACAUGAUCCUCAAUGAGCCCUUCAAGUCUGAGAUCCACAAAGGCAACUACCUGGAGAUGAAGAACAAGUUCCUGGCCCGCAGGUUCAAGCUGCUGGAGCAGGCACUGGUCAUAGAGGAGCAGCUCCGGAGGGCUGCAUACCUUAACAUGACCCAGGACCCCAACCACCCCGCCAUGGCCCUCAAUGCCCGCCUGGCCGAGGUGGAGUGCCUUGCCGAAAGCCACCAGCACCUGUCCAAGGAGUCCCUUGCUGGAAACAAGCCUGCCAACGCCGUCCUGCACAAGGUCCUGAACCAGCUGGAGGAGCUGCUGAGUGACAUGAAGGCAGAUGUGACUCGCCUGCCCUCCAUGCUGUCCCGCAUCCCCCCGGUGGCCGCCCGCCUCCAGAUGUCGGAGCGCAGCAUCCUGAGCCGCCUGACCAACCGUGCCGGCGACCCCACCAUCCAGCAGAUAUCUAGCUGUUCCCGAGACUUCCCUUUGUUGCCGCGCUCAUUUCCAGCCGAGCCACGUCUGCCAGGCCACAUGCCUGACCCCCCCAGGAGAGAAAAGCUACCGCCCUUUUAGGAGCCAGUGCUACCUUGGGAUGGAAAGGGAAACCGAGUCACACCACCACCUGGAGAAUGAGGCCCAGCGCGGCCGUGCCUGAGCCCAGAAGUGCCACCUCAUCUUCAUCCAGGCACCCACACCACCCUACAUCGGGACAUCUCCCUUGGCCGUCUUUUCCAGAACGAAUUCUUAGAAGAGAUUUCAUUUAUUUGUACAUCUCUUGCACUUUCCUAUUGAAGACUUGAACCAGUUGGUCUUGAUAGAAGUUGAGUAUGGAGGGAGUCUAACCAGCAGCACCCACAUCUGGCAAUGGGCCCUAGCCCAGAGGGAAGCUUCUGGAAUCCCUGUGGCUGCCAUGAUGGACUCUGCUCAGCGAGAGAGGAUGAUGUGUCUACCUUGGGAGCUCUUGAGUGUGCUCCCCCAACUAGUCUCCCAAGCACCUGCCUAACUCCCCAUCUCUCGUCCAUUCCCUCCAUGCCUGCCCUCCCCCCCUUCCCAUGCUAGGUAGGUCAGAGUGGGCAUUUAUUCCAGUCCCUUCCUGUCAGGAGCCCUAGACCUGUGCUGUCCCCAUGGGGGACUCUGUCAGUCCCUGACUCAGCAUGGGCUCUGUCAUCACGGGUGAGGCCCCCCCCCCCACUAUGUGUGGCAGCUCCCAGCAUAUCUUCCCUGGAUGGAAGGGGACAAGUGCUAGAGUCUGUCUCAGAUCACUGCAGAAAGGAUCUUGCCCUCUGUUGGGGUGUAGCUAUAGAUAGUUGAUAACAUCCCAGUUAGGAGGAUGACCCUGGAGUGUAUGGUCCUGCCCGAUGCCCUGGAGGUUCUGUUACACCCACUUCCUAUCUGAACCAGGAUACAUGCUGGAGCCUGGUCAUUGUCAUGGCCCUCCUGUCCCUGUAGAUGCCUGCACUUUCCUCAGGGACAUGGUUCUGCCUGCUGCCCAUGUGUUCUCACAUGCUUUGGGGAGAGCUGGCUUGGAGGUGGGGGCCACCCCUCCUGGCUGGACCAUCCCAGGCUUCUUGCCUGAUAUCCUGUCAGGAGUGUUCUUGGGAAGCCCCACCCUUUCCACGAGUACCCUGUAAUGACCAGGGCCUGUGUCUGGUGCCCCCUAUGGUCAGAACUGGGCUUGAAGGGAUCACUGACCAGGACCUACCUUCCUGGGGAGAUGUCUGGGUCUAGAAACCUGUCUGAAACUGGCUGGGAUGGACCAGGAGGGCCUCAGCUCCCUGAGUGGGACUGGCGCAGGAUUCAGUGGCUUGUCUUGGGAGCCCUUGGGUGAUUGGCGGGCCUUCACAGAGCCCCCAGGAGUCCUCAUUUAUAACAGACUCUCUCUGAAAUGCUGGUGGGCUGGACCCCUCAAACCCCUUCCAUCUUAGUAUCCCUGUGCCCCAGGCUUGAUUUGAACCUCCAUGGUAGACCCAAUUCUGGCAUUGUGGGUGGGCAGACAGGCAUGGAAUGGCACACCCGUUUCUCAGAAGUGGGUAGCCUUUUCUGGGACAGACAAGUCUCUCCAGUCCCCUGAGAUUCAGGCACUGCCCUAUGCACGUCCAUGUGGCCUCCUCUGGUCAGUGCCUUCCUGCCCAAGGCUCCUGGCUCAGGCCACUGGUGAGGCAGCUUCCCCUGACCCCAGGGCGCUAUGAUGCAAACCCCCUUCCCUUGUGGCCAUAGGAUUUCUGAGUGUCAAGCAAGGCCAGUCUAUAUCCCCAUGGUCGUAGUCCCUCCCACCUGCCCUUCCUCCCUGAGACUUUUUCUCUGACCAUCCACCUCCAUUCUUUUUCAUCUAAGUACUGUGCGCUAACUGAUUGCACAACUUCCAUUCCCUUUUCAGGCCUUGCCUGGCUCCCCUGUACUCUCCAGCACCAGAGCGGAGCCACCCAUGGUUGGCCUAGAUUGACCCUGUUGUCCCAGGAGUCUCCACUCUUUGUGACAGUACCCAAUAGGUCCAGAAGGGGGCGCUGUGAGAGUUGGGGAGUGGGUUUCUAGUUGAUUGGUUUGGAGAAGAAAAGGAUCUUAAGAGUAUUUUCUUCUUGGUUUAUCCCUUCUCUCCUGCCAAACAUGGGUGGGUGGAGUGGGGUGUGGGGGCCAGGGCACCCACUGCCUUUGGCAUCUUCAGGCUGGGUCUGAGUUUGCUGCUGGCAGGAUGGGGGUCCUGGUGGGCAAGUGGACCCCACUGUGCCAGCCCAGGUUUUUAUUUCCAGCCACCUUAUCAUUUAACCCAGUGCCGAGUAAGGUUUCUGUUUGAGCCACCUGGGGUCACCAUCUUGGAAAGUGUCACUUGCUGGGCUUCCAGGGGACCAGGGCAGAUUUGGGUGGACAGAUAGUGUUCAGAGGGCCCCCUGUCACCACCAGUCCUGGAAGCACAUCCUGAGACUCUCUCUUUACCCCAUGGAAAUACAUCCCCCUGAAAGCCACCUUAGGAAGUGUUUUUCUGCUAUUUGUCAAUAGGGCUUGGCAGAUAUCUACAGUGAACACAGAUGGCUGUCCUCCUGCUUGUCUAGGGCCCCUUCCCAGGGUCCCCAGGACCUUCUGUAUUGGACAGCCUCAGAGACUCAGCAGCAGGGGACUUGUAGCACUCCCAGGGUGAGCCAGGAGGGGAGCAAUGGGGAAGGGGGACUUGGCAGGGGGUGAGCAGGGGGUAAGUGAUGGCCUGGCCUUACAGGCUGGGGUUACCUCGCUCUACUGCGCCUCUGUAAGCAGCUGUCCUAGACCCUGGGGCCAUCUGUUUAUGUUGAGAAAGCUGCUUCUCUCCCCACUUGAUAUUUCUGUAAGUUUACAGGUUGUGGUGCAUCAGCCCAAAGUCAUUGGCAUUGUGUUUUUGGCUUUUUUUCUGUUAGUAUUCAGAUUUUUUUUUUAAACAAAGUAUUUUUUUAUGUGCGAUAACCCAGAAAGGGCCUGUUGGGUGUGUGUGUGUGUGUGUGUGUGUGUGUGUGUGUGUGUCCUGAACCCCUGGCAUGGAAAUGGACACCAGAGCCUUUGCUCCCAGGCUCCUUUGCUCAGACAUGGAGGGGGGUGCCCUUGGUCAGAGUGGGGGAGUAUGAGGGAAUGAAUUCCUACACAGGCUGGCAUCUGGCCCAGUUCAGGGGAGCCCCUUUGCCCGGAGACAGUCCCUGUUCAGCAAAGGGGCUGGGAGUUUUGGGUGAGUUGGGAAGGUCCCAGGGGUGGAGGGUGGGGGGGCUAGAAUUGAAGCCCCCUUCCACCUAUGUUGUUUGUGGGAAGACACAUAGGAGGCUUAACAGAGACUGUAGCCAACACAAUCCCUUUACUUUGUAUUCUGUGUGUAUGUCUUGGUUUUCUGUGUUUUAAUAAAUCCUUUGGGAAAGGA